GGGAGGGUGGGAGGGAGAGACGAAAAUCGAGAAAAACGGCUGCAACGGCUUUCGAGGUCGCUUGUUUGAGAGCCAUGGCCCCUCGGCGCCACGGCAACGGUCACGCUGCUGGUGGUGGCCUCGGAGACAACAACGGUGUAGGUGCGACCGGAAGUAACGACGCCGUUCAAAUGGACAACAAUCUCGUGGUUGGCCAGAACAAUAACAUCAACAACGGCAUCAACAACAACAACCAAGGUACGACUCGUUGCUGCACACCGACGGGCGAAUGUCUGCGCAGUGACUCUCUUAUACGAAUGAACGCCUUGCAUGAUACGGUCAAGGUCAUCUGCAACAACGAGAACUGCCCGGUCGGUCAAUUUAUGCAUCGCGAGUGCUUCGAUGCGUGGGAACAAACUAUCCUGACCUAUCUCAAAAGCUGCGGACGUGCAAGAAGCUGGUCCGAGAGACAACGUCAUCAAAAUCUCUGGACGAAAAAAGGCUACGAUCUCGCGUUCAAAGCUUGCGGAUGCCGUUGCGGUCGCGGCCAUCUUAAGAAAGACCUCGACUGGAUGCCACCGGGCUUAGGUAACGCUGCCGGCAAUCGGCACGAUGAGAACGAAGCGAAGAAAAAGAAACGACGCAAUCGGCAGAACACUCGGCCGACUUUAGCCGUAUCGGCCGGUCCACCGAACCACUCGAGUCACGUAGUUUCCGCGAACGGACGUGGCACCACCGAGGCACAACUUAUCGAGUCCGGACGCGGCAGAGCUGGAUCUCUUUCAUCGAGCACCGGCUCGAGCUCGCCACCAGCCACCAGCGAGCCCAGCGUCAGUCCUCUUCAUCAACCCCAGGCUAUCGUCAAGAAGAAGAGCAAGGUUGACUUUUUUGCAGAUCGGGCCAGACAAAGCUGCGGAGCCAACGGUAUCUUCUCCCGUCGUUUGGACUUCAGCGCGUUUAACAGCUUGCCCCGCACUAAACUGAACUCCUAUCAUAUUAAGAUGGAGGAUGAAGGUAAUCACGGCAACGACGAUACCAGAUGUUUCAUCUUAUCGUCUUUGGCAGCCUUGCAGUGGUCCAGAGUCUCUUGUGUCCUUUGUCGUGCCGCCAUGCUUGUAUUCGAUCGGUAUCCUUUGGUAGACGGCACGUUCUUUCUAUCGCCGCGACAACAUUCUCCGGCUUGUGCCGAGGUAAAGGUCGAAGGUCGCACGCAAUUCCUAUCGGCCGUUUGCAUGAGUUGCCUCGAAGGUAGCGGCAACGCUCCCGUGCGUUGUCGUUGCUGCACUCAACCGUGGGAUGGUUCCAGUUUGGUCCUUGGCACCAUGUAUAGCUACGACAUAUUCGCUGCUAUGCCCUGCUGUACCGAACGUCUCAAGUGCAACAGCUGCCAGAAGCCACUGAUCUACCCUCACCAGCGACUAAACUUUUACUCGGACUACAGCCGCGUGUUCGCCUGCCCGCACUGUAGAACCGUCGACGCCCACUUCGUGAAGCCUCUAUCGGUCUGCUUUACCCGCGAGCAAUUCCAACUCUAUAGUCAGUGGCCGUAACCAUUAGGGAAGUUAGCAAACCGGCGUCUAAGCAGUACGCCGUCCGACCCGAGCCCUCUCUUCUUCGACCCGUUGAUCUCCCUGCUUCGGGCGACCUUGCUCUAGAUAUUAUCCGCGAGAUUACGACGUUAUUCUUAUCUCAUUACGGCAUUAUUCUUUCUCUCUCUGUCUUCGAGACAACGUCCACGAAAUAAUUUAGAGAACGCAUCCGAUUUCUCUCUUCCCCGAUCUCGAGUUUAUUUUAUUCGCACGAAUCCUUCAAACUCCUCUUGCCCUUGAAAAUUAUUCUUUGAUCUGAAUGAUGCUCUUGAUCAAUCGCCUCGACGAUUGUCCUUGCGAUUGAUCAAGAUAUCAAAUUUUUUUAUUUUCUAAUGAGAAAAGGGAUGGUUUCUAUCGGUACGUUCUUUUCAACAUAUCGGAUCGAAAGGAAAGAAUCGUCUGUUUUUUCGAAGAGGUAUGUAUAUACCGAUUAAAGAGACGGUCGAUGCUUUUCUCUCGACUGGUAAAUAUACAUAUUACAUAUAUAUAUAUAUAAUAAGAUAAUAAGUGAUAAUAGAUCGUGGCCGAUGUAUCGAGCGAGUGCAUCUCAUGACACCGAUCACAUAUUUUUGUUUUAGUUUUUCUUUCUUUUUCUUUUUUUCCCCGUUCAUGAAGCUUGAAUCUCAGAACGAAAGAUUAAUUAUGUUUAAUCGCGCGGUUAAAAGAAGAGUUUUAUUUAUCAGUAUUAUUAGAAUGAUGGGGAGGGGGGAACGAGAGAUGGCGGAAUUGUUGAGGAUCAUCGUCUCGAUACGUGCCAACGUCUCGAACUUAAGUUUAGAGUAGCUUUGUUCACUUGGUAAAUCACCGGUGUGAUCGGGAAGUCUUUUAAAAUCGUUUAUUAGUUAAAUCGUAUUUCGCUGAUUCUUAAGUUAAAUCUUUUUAGUGAAAUAAGUUUCGUAGAGAAUUACUCGUGUAACAUUGUCUUCUUCAUACAAUUAUCUUACGAACUACUAGUUUAAGGAAAGCGUUAAAUUUAGUUUAGAGAAAUCUAAGUAAGAUAAAGUGGGAUUGGAAGGAAAGACAAAAAAUGGACUCUUAAACGCGCAAAUUCGGUAUUCAACAAAAAACAAAAGAACGAUAUAAAAUCGACGAAAUAUGUCCUUAUAGAUAAUCCUUUGAGGAUAUCCUGUGAUCGGUGUUAUGCUCUUUUCUUUGCUCCAAAGUGAGAGAGAGAGAGAGAGAGAGAGAGAGAGAGGGAGAGAGAGAGAGGGAGAGAGAGAGAGGGAGGGAGAGAAAGAGAGAGAGAGAAUCUACAGAUUGACAUCGAUCAUCUUAGUCAAAUUUUCUGCUUUGAAAGUAAUUAUAGGAACGAAAAAGAAAAGGCACCAUAAAAGUUUAUUCGGCAAUGUUAGGUGGAAAAAGUAUAAUAGGGUCAACAUAAAGAGAAAAAUGAAAAAAAUCUAAAGGAUAGCGAAGGAAAGAAAUAGAACAGAAUAAAAGGGGUAAACAAAAAGGCUAAGGAUUUUACUAAAAGGUCAAAAAAAAAUACUAUUGUUUGUUACUUAGAGAUAAUCGAAAACGUUGUUUUUUUUUACAUUUUAUUAGUUUAUACGUUUAAGGCGGCCAUGUUGAUUUUGUUUAAGGAUCUACGACUCACGCGAUGGGUUUAUUAAAUUUCGAUUGGUCGAGCGUUCCUGCGCGGACUUUUCCCUCUCUCUUGCAAACUUUCGUACGAAUUAGAAAAAAGAUAUCUUCGGAGUAUUUCAAAGGUAAGAGAUAAACUGAUGAAAUGAUGGAUAGAUGAUAUUUGUGACAGAGAGUGAGGGAGAGAGAGAGAGAGAGGGAGAGAGAGAGAGAGAGAGAGAUCAGAAACAACAAUUUUACCUUUUCGGUCGAUAGCAAUAAAUUUUGAACUGAACUCGAUCUAAAAAAAAUUAAUUUUUUAUUUUUGUUAAUUUCGAUCACGCGAUCUAUUAUCUCUCGUUUCGUUUAUUCGUACGAAAUUCUGCGAGAAAAAAAUACGAGAGAAUUGCUACGAGAAGGGUCCACGCGCGCUCGAAGUAUAGUCAGUGUGUAGAUAUAUACGUUUUAAGAAAAUGUGUGUGCGAGAAAAAGAGAGAGAGUGAGUCUGGGUAUGUGUGUAGGUUUUAAGGUUUGAUUGGAUUGACAUUACGAAGGAGAACCAAAUUAUAAGAAAGAGAGAGAAAGAGAGAGAGAGGAGAAGGUUAAAUUGACGAGUAAGGGAUUAAUAUGGUAGAAAAGGAAGGAUGAGAAAGAGAGAGAGAGAGAGAGAGAGGAGGAGAGAAAAAUAUGAAAAAAGGAAAAAAAAAAGAGAUAGGAGCUAAACUUCUUUCUGGCGAUGCUGGUCGUUGCUGUCCAUCAAUAGCGGCCGUCCCACAAACACAGACCGCCCACCGUUUUUCCCAAGGUAGUAUAGUCGAUCGUAUAUAAUGUACCUUCUUUACGUUAUUCGAUUUUUAAAGUAUACUUAAUCAAUGAAUAAUUAAACGCGGGGAAGAAUUCUAUAUUUAGGGAAGAUAUAAUAUUAUAGAGAGAGAGAGAGAGAGGGAGGGAGGGAGUGAGAGAAAGAGAAAGAGAGGAGGGAAGAGAAAGAAGAGAGAGAGGAGAUCCUCUUUGAUUUCGAUUGGAAAGGGAGAGAUGCAAGAUAAGAUGCAGGAGGAUUCUUCUCUUCGUUUCGCAACCACGACACCUCGCCUCGGUCUUUUCUGUUUUCUUCUUAACUUUCUUCUAAUUGAUCGAACAAAUCAUAAAUGAUGAUGGUCGAGGUGUGUCGGUGCUGAUGGUUUGCCUUUUUUCGUUAGAAAGACGUGAGAUGAAAACGAGUGCGUUCGAGCAUCAAAGGUUAACGCGUUAAAGAGGUUGCGUUUAUCAUUUUCUUUUUGCCGUAACUCCUUCGUAGACGAAAACGUAGGAAGGAUACAGUCACUUCUUUUUAUUCGCUUUUCAGCGAGAGAGAGAGAGAGAGAGAGAGAGAGAGAGAGAGAGAGAGAGAGAGAGAGAGCGGGAGAGAGAGAGAGAGAGAGAGAGAGAGAGAGAGAACAUUUCUCUCAUCAAAAAGCUAAAUUUUCUCAGAGUGCCAAAACAAGAAUCCCUGCUUUUCCUUAUCCUUAAUACGAAUCUUUUUUUCCACGCUCUUAAUUUUUCUUCCUCACCUAUAAAUCCCCUGCUCCUUUUCUCCUCCGAUUCAUAUUCCAUUUUCUAUCUAAACCUGUGCGGUAGUUCUUUUUCUUUUCUUUUUUUUUUUUUAUUCCACCGGAGUGGGUAAAUAAAAAAGAUAAAGAAGGAAGAAAGGAAGAUGAAAAACGAAGAGUCGUCAGCGAGUCGACGAAACUUGUAUACUGCGGCUUAUUCUUUUUGGGGGCGCUUUUUUUUUAGAAAAGAAAAGAAAAAAGAAAAAGCAAAAAAAAUAUAAAAGAAAAUCGCGCCUCGCACUCCCUACCAUUUUCAAUUUUUCGACCAACGAGAUGAUGAUGGUCCAUUUCGUUGGCCGCCGCGAGGGCCGGCACUGGCCUACACGCGAUAAUUAUCGACUAUUUGCAGUUCCUAUUGUCACGUCUCUUUUUAAACAAAUAUGAGAGAGAGAAAGAGAGAGAGGGAGGGAGUGAGGGAGAGAGAGAGAAAGAGAGAGAAUAGGGGAAGAGAAAUAUAAGGAAAAAUGAGAGAAAAAUAGAUAGAGAAUAACAAAAAGAGACGGACGAUCGCUCUUCGUUCGAACGAGUUGUUUUCUAUGUUUCCAUUUAGUUCCUCGCAAAUAUUUCAAGAAAAUUUCACGGGAAGGCAACAAUUAUAAACUGGUGAGAAUUAAAUUAAGAAAGAGAAAGAGAAAAAGAAGAAAAACUAGAUAAAGAUCUAAGCUUAAACACGCUUAUUCCCCUUUCAGAAUUUGUAUACUUGCUACCACGAUGUUUUUGUACUUUUGCUACUUCUCCGCCGUUGGUGCGGGCGAUUCGCUUGUUUUUUUUUUUUUUAUUUUUUUUUUUAUUUUUCGGGCUAUUUUCAAAGUUUCAUUGGAUAGUUCUUAAAAGAAAUGAAAAAAAAAAGAGAGAGAGAAGGAUCGGAAGAGCUAAGAUGAACAAGGAAGGUCGAGGGAAAAGAUGUGAGAGAAAAUAAAUUUUUGUAACACUCGUUUUGUGAGUCGCCGGCAUCGACGUCCAUUAACCGAGCGAGCGUUUCAUAUUUCAAUGAUUUUAUCCGUAUAUAUAUAUAUAAAGACACAUAUUAUAUACAUACAUAUAUAUAUAUAUAUAGUAAGAAACAAAGAUAAAAACGGAGAGAUAGACUCUUGUGGGUUUUUGGUAGGUUCGCACUAUCUCUGAAUUCGGUGUGACCUAAUUAUCGAUAUCCAGCAAUCGCAAAUUUUAUAUAAAUAUUACCGAAUAUUCUCUACACACGAGUACACACAUAUAUAUGCAUACACACACACGAAAAUGUAUUAUCUCAGGAGUAUGUUUGACUUGUUGGGUAAGGGGGGAAGGGGGAAGAGUUGUCUUCAGGACGAUGGAUUAUAUAGAACAGGUUAAAUGAGUGGUUGAAUUAUGAAAAGAGUUUAGAAGAUAGUCAUUAUGAAGGCGAGAAAGAAAAACGAUGCUAAAGUAUGGAAAAUGAAGGUUUGAAUCAUCGAUAAUUGUAAGUGAAAUUUAUUAAAAUAUAUUGGAUAUUAAUAUAUAGGAUAUAAUAAUA